CGCUUUCCUGCGCAGUCAACGCAAUCUGUAGCCGCACGAACAGCUUCAGCGUCCCACAAGUCCUGCCAUAGAGAGCCAUUCGUUGACAAACAGUAACACAGCUAACAUGUCAGACAAGAAACAGACAGUGGACCUUGGCUUACUGGAGGAGGAUGAUGAGUUUGAAGAAUUCCCAGCCGAAGAUUGGACGGGGCUGGACGAAGAUGAAGACGCUCAUGUUUGGGAGGACAACUGGGAUGAUGACAACGUAGAGGAUGAUUUCUCAAAUCAACUGAGAGCUGAGCUGGAAAAACAUGGUUACAAAAUGGAGACGUCUUAGCGGCUGACAAGGCCGUUCAGUAUUUGAAGACGUUGGAUAUGGACAUUUAUAUUUCAAUAUUACUGGUUGACCACACACCACCAGAAGAGAUUUGGGGAUGUUAAUUUGUUUUUGUAAGAAAUGUUGAUGGAAGUAAAUUGUUAAGAGAAAACUG